CACGAGGCAAGGAACGGCUUGGCUGCAAGGCUGCACUGCUUCGGCCAUUAAGACGCUGGAGAGGGCUCAACGAUAGUCAUCGCAUUCAUCACUGACAUCAUCAGUAACUCAAAGGUCUCAGCUUUAAUGGCGAGGCAAAGGCUGAAACAGCUGGAACCAAAUAGGAUUGGUCCUCAGGCUGGGUUUCGAUGGAGAAGAAGACUGUUGAGUCAUCAUCGCCUUGCUUUCUCUUCCUCUGCCUGAGCAAAUUGUUUCACAGAAGCCUGAAACUUGUCGAUCAUUAGUUGAGUUGAGAGACGAUAAACACGAAGCUUCUCUUGUUCACACACUGGUGCCUUCUCCUCCGGUAAUUGUAACUGUACAUAUUUCUUUGCAGAACCCUCAAUGGUUCAGCUCUUGUCAGAGAUGGUGGUGAGCUCUGCGUAUCAUAAAACAAGUUGGCAAAGAGAAGCAAGAGCUUUCAAUGGAGGCGUGAUGGGAUUUCAUCACUGAGAGCCUGAGUCUGCUCUCAACUCUUCAGAUUUCCCGAUCACAACAGACUCGUACCAAGGUCAAGCUUGUGAGCUUCGCCUGGAUCGAAUCUUUGGAGAAUGACAUGCCUAAACCGCCGCCAUCAACCCAAGAACGCCGAUUUCAAGUUCGAUGAUUUGGCUGCAUCACAAAAGAACUGUCGCCUUAUCAAAGCCGAGAACGUGAGUCUCGAACAGCUUAUCCUAUCUUGUGAUGAACAAACCGGAAGGGCUUGAGUUGAGUUCUAGAGACUACAGAAACCGAAUCGUGUGAUAACGAGACGCCGAGAUCGCUGUGACAAGGUGAUUAACAACGGAAGCUUCGGCAGCUGCCCCUCCUCCGUCAUCGUCGCCCAGCGGGACUGGCAGCUCCGGUUCCUCCGCCAGCCGGAUCGGUUCUUCUUCGACGAGACGGCAAGCUGAGAAUCUUCGGUUCGUUGGUGACAUCAACGGCAAGGUUUCGAAUAAAGCUUCGUCCUUUUUCAAGACUCGUGUUUUUCCAGAUUUUCUAGCCGUCCAAAUCGAAGAAGAAAGAAGUCGGAGAAGAAAUAAUCGAUUUUGGAUUUUUUUUUUUUUUUUACACCCUAGAUCUACGGUUUUGCCAAGUUUGAUAUGGUAUUAAGAUUGUUCUCUUUGGCCCCCUCCUUCUAGCGCCAAUUGUUUGAACUGAAAAUGGUGUGUUUGUCGGAUUCAUACAAUGAAGAAUUUAAGAAAUAAAUUUCUUAGAUUCUUGAGGCUAAAGAGAAAUCAACAUAGAAAUUAAAUGGAAAAAGAACAUCAAAAAGAAUUUAUUGAUUAAAGAUUAUAUUACAUGUAUCAUUACAAGUGUAAAUAAAUCUAAGAAUCAAUAAGCUAUUUGUACGAAGUGUUUAAUAUGUAAAAUGAGAGAAGAAAUAUCAUUUCUCAUAAGGAGGUAGCUCCUUAUUUAUAGAAAGAUGAAGCCUAGAGCUUCCUAGCAAUAUAGGCCUAAUUCAAUGUCUAAUGGAUCUUGAGUAGUAUGUAAAUCCACCCCCAACAACAGGGACAACAAGUUCAGCUGUUAACUUCCCAUUGUAAUCCUCAGUCUUCACAAAAACCGAUUAAUUCGGUAAGAUAUAUGCCGAACCAAAUUAACCAAAAACCGAAACCAGAUAACAUGAACCUCCGUUAUCUCGCCAUUUAAUGGAGAGUCUGACCAUCAUUAAAGCUACAUCCAAUUAAGAUUCUGUCUAAGUGGAAAUUUUCUUAUUUAUUCUUAUUUUCAAUGGAAAACUUGGUGGCCAAGUUCCGUGCUCUGUAUUUAUAGAAGGAUUUAGGUGGAGAUAAUGUGAACAUCUCUCCAGUUCCCGUUCUUUCUUUGUUUUGUUUUGUUUUAAUUUACUGAAGAAAAUUGAUCAUGUCUCUCCUUCUCGGUCACUCCCCGAAGCUCUUCAUUCGGAAACCGGUGUUGGUAAGAGCCUCUGCUGGCCGCUCAUCUUCCCCGCUGCAAACCCCUCCUUGUUUCGUCUGUGGCGAGGAUCCUUGCGGGCCGGAUCAUGUAGAACUCAGUUUUGCAUAUGCUACUAGAUUUUAUCCUAAACUGAUAAAAAAGGCGCCUGUCGAGUUGGUGUAUAACGAUGCUAGUGAUGCAGCGGUAACAACAAUCGGGUCCUCUCACGGCUGGGUAGCCUCUUUGAUGCAUGACGUAGGCACUCUGCGUCUCCAUGAUGAUCUAAACCCGGUUGCUUCGAAUUCAGAUCCAAAACGCAUCUUGCUGCCUCCUCUUGUAACUUUGCCUCAUUGCCAAACCCAAAUCAUCACCAAUGUUUCCUUGUCCUCACCAUCUCCAGAGGAAGAAGAUUGUGUCGUGGCUGUCAAGUUCUUGGGACACCAACUCAGCUUUUGCAGACCUGCUUCUCAAAGCAACUCCGAGUGGUUCAACAUCAAAAUCGACAACCCAUGUUUUUUCUCCUCCCGUGUCAUGUUCUCCAAGAAACAUAACAUGUUUCGCAUACCUGGUGCUGGAGGCCAACUCAUUGGAUCAUGGGAUCUCUGCGAAGACAAGCACACACCCAAGUUUCAGGAGUUGCGAUAUCACAACCUUCCCGAGCUGAGCAAAGCUGAACGUGAGACUAUGCACUCCUGUUUCACGAGCGAACACUUGGUGGAAUCUCGAUCCACUGGUGAAACAUUUUUGGUCAAGUUGUUCAGACAGACCGUGGACGGUACCAGUUUGAAAGUAAAAGGUACCAAAUUGAAAACAAAAGGUGUAAUGGUGUUCAAGGUAGACGACCAUGGAAAUGCAGUGUACACUCAAGACAUUGGAGAUCUCGCCAUCUUCCUCUCAAAGUCUGAACCUUUUUGUGUCCGUGCUAGCUCUUUUCCUGGGGUGAUUCCUAACCAAGUCAAUAUCUUGGAUGUCAGGGAGGUGGCAUUUUUCAAGCUUACUGAUUCUUCCAUCAUAAGUUAUACUCACAGAAUCAAGGCCCCUUACUUUUUUCCACCUCAAAAUAUAGAAUAUUAAGUUUGGGAUUUGAGUCGAGUCUAGUAGAGUCUGUCUUUUCUUUAAAAUCUUUCAACCAUCAAAAUAAAAUAUAUAUGUCUUAGUAGAUAGAGUUCCAAUUAAACAAAAUUAAUAAAUAUCUCAAUAACUUACAACACUUGUGUUUUGUUCUUCAAGAGACUCUUUACAAGAACUCAAAACCGAAGACACAAUUCUAAUGUCCACGCAUCUGUUCACAUGUUCCACUAUCCUCAAAACUGAUCUUUCUCCACACCGGCACAUGAUUUUUGCUCGACGAAUUCUCUGGAGACAACUCUUAUGGGAUGAUUUUUUCAAUCGGAAGUUCACAACAAUAUAAGUUGUACAUCGUGAAUCUGUUUUGUUCUGUUCUUAUAUUGUUUAGGGGUUGCGUGAUAUUGAUGCGAUUGGUUUGGUUUCUUCCUCUUCUUUGCGAUUAUUUUAGGGUUUCAAAGUUUCCUAAUCAUUUAUUUAUUUAUUUUUGUAGUGAUCUUAAAUCUACUUGGAAAGCGCUUGACUCCGCGUCAUCGAUUUGACCGUUUCUCGUCGGUGAGAUAUAUUUUCUGUAUUUUAGCGAUUGACAUAAGCCAUGUUCAUGAUAUUUGAUUUACAGUAUAACUUAAAACUUGAUCUCUUGAUCGUGCUUUAGAUUUGGGCUACUUGAGGUUCUGUUAUGGAUAUUAUCUGUGUGUGUCUAGACUUGAAAUUUGUUAUAUAAAGCGAUGGUUAUAUACAUACCUUUCUUUCUUGUGCUGAUGAUAUUAUAUUCUUUGUACAAAUGGAGAAUCACAUAUUGAAUCUGAUAAUUCAAUAAGAUUACUUAAAUUAAAUGGUUGCUGCGAAUAGACAUUGUGUAAUCAAAUUAAGACAGAUUUUUUUCUGAGUCUAAGAUUAGUUCUUUUAGUUGUUUUCGCUGUACAAGUAAUAGUGUGGUAUUCACUCGAGCCUCUCUCUGUUAUUUUUUUUUCCCUCCUUGUUUACAGUAUGUGUGUGAGGAGAAGCCAUCAUUGACAGAUUGAAGAUAAGUGUGAAUCUUUGAGUUGAAGCAAUAUAAAACAAAUAAGUUCUUUUACUGCUUUAGUGAUUAUGCUUUUUGAUUGCUUGGGUUUUGUUUUUAUGAAACUCAAGAGAUUCGGUGGACAUUUUUCUACUGCUGAUUCUUACUUUUGUUUUAGUUUCAAUCAAAACUCCAAAAAGAUCAUAGGCAGACAUUAAUUUAGUAGUGUUCUGUCAGAUUCUUAUUUGGGUACAUUGUCUCCCGAUCGAGUCCCCUUGCGUGAAAGCUUAGAGACCCAGAGGAAAUGUAAACCAUCUCCCUAUAAACUAUUGGUUGGUACUAGUGCAUGUCUAAGCAAAAGAUGUUUAGGGGGAUGGAAAGUAGAACAUACUUUACAAAAACAACCAUCGGCUUAGAAAAAAGUCGUAAGGCAAAGACUAUAAUAACUCCAUUGGAUGGAUAAACGACCAAUGGCUAGGGAUGUUAACUACCGGAUUAGGGCUCAACCCUCUUUUGUUUAUUAUAAACCCAGUCCUAUUUUAACUCAGCCAUAUUUUAACUUAGCCCUAUUUUAAUCCUAUUAUAAUCAAGGGUUAGGGCUGUUACCAGGGUUAACUCAUUUAAUUGAAAAAAAUAUUUUAUUUAUUUUUGUUCUUAAAUUUUAAAGAUAAAACUAGAAAAAUUAAGAUAUGAUAUGAUUCUUUCCGCCAAUUUGUUGAGCAUCAAAAUCAAAAGUUUUCCUCCCAAAAUCGUAAAAUCGAGUUUUUGCUCCACAACUAAGAAUAAAGUUUUUCCGCCAAAAAACAAAAAUUGUGUUUUUUUUCCGCCAAAACCUAAUUUGAGUUUUUCCACCAAAACCACAAAAUCAAGUUUUCCCGCCAAAACC